UGUAGGACACCAGCCUCCUCCUCUGCUGUCGCCAUGGCCUCGGCCGAGGCAAAAAGGAUUUCGUUCCUCUUGCUCUUGCUGCACAUCUUCCCUGCGACCCCUUUCGAAAUUCAGAAAGACUGCAUCGUUUCUUCUGAAAUAACAGAGAGCGAUAUCCUGUUCGACACCCUGGAAUUCCUGGCCCUCAUACCCGACGAACUGACACGGAUUCGAGCUCGCAUUUCUUGCGCCGAUGAAAAGUACCAUUACAUCGAGUGGAAUUCUCAAACGAUCAAGGCGACGACGACGAGCACUUACGGCCCUUACGACGCUCCCGACAACAGCAGCGGCUGGAUGAGGUUCACGCUUGGCUAUGUGGGAAAUCUGACGCUCCUCGACGGCAGACGUCAGCCCUGGCUUCCAGACAACAUUACCCUCGAGUGUCCCGUGUACAAAGUGGAGCUUUCGGGAAGCCGUUUCGCUCGGAUGUGUCCCACAAACACGCCCGUGUGGAAGGUGGAAGGCAAGGACGGUGUCAAUAUUCCUCUGCAAGUGGACUACGAAACACCAGAGAAUCUUACGUUGUUCUCCACGACCACUUUCCGAGCCGUCUUCAGUGUUGACGAUUCAGAAUUCCACUUGGGGAUGAGUGGAGAGAGUUUGAUGACAGGGAGACACCACGGUCCUCUGCUUGGGGGCAUCAGCCAUCGCCUUGUCUUGAAAGCGUACAAGGAAAAUGGCAGUACGAUGUUCCAGGUAUUCAGUGCUGGUCUUCCCAUACACACGGAGAGUCUCAAAGAAGUCCCAAAGAGAAUGCGUGUUCAGAGUCAGGACGGCCGCAGAUUUGUUCUGGUACAGACAUGGCACACUGGAAAGGCAGGAGAACCUCAUUCUGACGAUGAGAAACAAUGCAACGAAAAUUACAGCAACUAUGUAUACAUCUUGGGGUUGCUGUCUAUGCUGAUCAGUGUCACGAUGUCCUUCGUGAUUCUGCUGGUCCAGCACUGCAGGCUCUUCCGCUCGCACAAGGUACAGACCGAACGCCCCAGUUUCAGCCAAUUUGAAUCAUCCAAUGAACAUAAGGACAGAGAAAUUCUAAUUUACAUUCGAAUCCAUCAACAUCUCUCCAGCAGUGUGGUUCCCCAAACCCCGUGCUUUACCAGCCGUCUCUCCCGAACGCGGCCUCGAUGGAUCACAGCCACCCAGCCACAAUGA